AUGAAUUCUUCUAUCUGCUGCCGGCUGCUGUCAGUCCAUCAAGCAUAUCUGAGAGCGCCAUACCGAAUCAUUGGCCGUCGUCGACUUCCAUAUGCGGCCCGCAGCUUUCAUGCUUCCUCUCCUUACCAAUCUAACCCACAGGAUCCGCCUCCAUCCAUUGACUCCACCCUCAGUAACACCAAUUCCAGUACCCAAAAAGACGCGGAGGGCCAUAACGCCUCAAAAGAGGAUGCGGAGGUUGUAAAGCCCGAUGCAGCACCAAAACCAUCCCGGAGACCACAGGGACCCUAUGGCUCAGCUGUUCGCCGUGCGGCAAGGAACAGGAAACCUCGAGAACAAACACGCAUCGUCGCCGUUGUUCCGGAAUGGUUCCGCGAACGGAACGUGGUAGCUCAAGAUAUAUCUGUUCAAGUUGCUGAACCAACAAAUCACAAUGUGGAGUUGGAGCCGUUAUCUCGUGACGUGGAAGAAGUGGUAAACGAACUUGCGCAGGGUGGAGAGGAUGGUGAUAAUGGUGGUUCCGGGCGUCCAUCAACGCUGGGCAGUCGUUACCGUCUUGCUCGAGCCAUCUGGGACGAACUAUGCGCCUCCGCUAAAGCGGGACUGAAUCUACCCCCGUCCCGACAUAUCGAUGAACCAUCGGCGACCAAGUCACAUUUGGUUCUACAGUAUCCUGGAGAAGGGGGGAUUUUGUUUUUGGAUGCAGUGGUUAAGAAGCUGACGGCGAAGCUUAAGACAAAUCUAAUAACUCUGAACGCACAAGAUAUUGCUGAGCUCUAUGCAGAACAGGAUCUCGUUGAGUCUAGCGCACCUAGUUCCAUUACAGAUAUGGGAUAUGAAGUGUACCAGGCGAGAAAGCCUCACACACCAAGAGAACCUGACGAAGAAAUUGAGGAGGGAGAAGACGAGGAAAGUUGCUCAGCAGAUGAUGAUGAUCCUGACGUGAUACCCAGCCGAAGACAGGAUCACAAGUUCGUCCUUAGAAGUAAUUCGGAUAUUUUUCAACAUAUGCUUAAUGCAGGCCGUGUGGCAUCGAUUGGGACGGCUAGGGUGUUUAUUCCACGCCCUCACCGAGAUAAUCCAGAACCGAAUGAAGACAUGAUAUGUUUUCGUGUUGUGGCCCAACUCCUUUCUAUUUCGCAUAAUCAUCAGAAUAAAAUACCCAUAGCUGGUGCGGAGAAUAUCACCGAGUCAACUGCUGAACCAGUCCCUGAACCAACCCAGACCACCUCCCGACCAGACCUUAUUAUUCAAAUUCAAGAUUACAAGGAUAUGGAGAGCACCCGAAGUGGAUCGAAAUUCCUCUCGAUUCUCCAGCGAGAGGUUCAGAACAAGAGGCGGGAGGGUCAGAGAGUUAUGGUCAUCGGCACGGUAUCCGCGAAGAAACCAGAAUAUCCUCUGGGAAAGGUGUAUCCGAAGCUUGUGAAGAGAGACUACAACGACGAAUUCGCCAGGACAAUAAUUGUCACACCCGCCAUGAAUGCACAGGCAGUCGAAAAGAUAUUCUCGGAAGAUUCGAAGCGAAGAACUCUUGAGAUCAACGUGCGCCAUUUACAAAAUAUGCUGAGGGUUCGAAUAAACGAUCCACAACUAGCAGACACAAGUUUACUACGCGGUCCAACAUGGCCCUUGGAUACUGCUGUCAUCGAAAGCUCCGGUCUGGACGAUGGAUAUUGGUCAUUUGACCGUGUUCAUCGGGUUGUUUCACUUACGCUUGGUAGCAUAGAAGGCGCUGGCAAACUCGAUGUUCAGCAGAUACAACGCAGCAUCGACCUAAUGGAAAAGAGCGAUCGCGCUAAGAGUGACUGGAUGGUCGAGAGGUAUCCCAAGGUGAAGCCAACUCAAGCGGAGAGGGACUGGGAAAGCCGUUUGAAGCAGCUGCGGAAGACAUGUAACAGCCACGAAAAGAAACUCCUUAACGGCGUAGUCGAUGCUGAAAGUAUUCGCACAACCUUCGAGGAUGUUCAUGCGCCUGCAGAUACUAUUGAGGCUCUCAAAACGCUCACAUCUCUGUCGCUCAUUAGGCCUGAUGCAUUUACCUAUGGUGUCCUUUCUACCGACAGAAUCCCAGGUUUACUACUUUACGGGCCGCCAGGAACAGGAAAAACGAUGUUAGCCAAGGCGGUCGCCCGCCAGAGUGGUGCCACCGUUCUUGAAGUGAGCGGCUCUGAAGUCUACGACAUGUAUGUCGGAGAGGGGGAGAAAAACGUAAAAGCUAUUUUCACGCUAGCAAAGAAGCUCAGUCCCUGUGUAGUCUUUAUCGAUGAGGCAGACGCCAUCUUCUGUUCGCGGGUUGCAGCCAGCAACCGAACAACGCACCGAGAGCUAAUAAACCAGUUCCUACGCGAGUGGGAUGGUAUGAACGAGCUCUCCGCCUUCAUCAUGGUAGCCACUAACCGUCCUUUUGACCUUGACGACGCCGUCCUACGACGACUCCCCCGACGACUCCUAGUAGACCUCCCCACCGAACAAGACCGCCUAUCAAUCCUAAAAAUCCAUCUGAGGGAAGAGCAAGUGGAUGCAUCAUUGGAUCUGGCCGAAUUAGCCAGCCGCACACCUCUCUAUUCAGGCUCGGACCUGAAAAACAUGUGCAUUGCCGCAGCCCUCGCUUGUGUGAAUGAGGAAAACGAGCAAGCUGCUCACCAUACCGGUGAUGAGCCGUUCAAGUAUCCGGAGCGAAGAAUACUUAGAAAAGCCCAUUUCGAACGCGCCAUGGAGGAGAUCAGUGCGUCGAUCAGUGAGGAUAUGUCUACUCUCUCUGCUAUUAAGAAAUUCGACGAGAAGUAUGGAGACCGCAAGGGGAGGCGAAAGAAGAGCGUUGGAUGGGGGUUUAAAGCUCCCCAUGAGCUGGAGACAAAUACAGGGGCUGGACGGGUGAGGAAUUGA